UCUAUAUCUAUAAAAGCACACACACCCACUUCACUACCUCAUCAUAAGGUACCCCCAACAAUGGUGGGCUCUGAAUCAGACAAGGGUGAUCGUGUUCACGAACCAAGCCACGCGCCGACAAAGCUCUCUCUCUUAAACUCACCGCCGACCAUGCCGCCGGGGACUCCGCCGCCGCAGACCACGGUUUCUGUUCCCUUUAAGUGGGAGGAAGCGCCGGGGAAGCCUAGGCACUGCCACACCCAAUCGGAGCCUGCUAGAACCUUGGAGCUGCCUCCGAGGUUGUUGCUUUUGCACGCCAAGGUGUCCAACAUGGACGGGCCUUCUCCUACGACGGUGUUGGAUGGGCCUUACGUUGGCCGGGCCAUGUCCUUCACUUCCUCUUAUAGGACUCCCAGGGAGCACUGGAAUUCCGGUUUUGGGUCCACCAGGUGGAGCGGUUUCAGGAAGAUUAACAAGGAGGACGACGAGGGUAGUUUCGACUUUUCAACCCACUGUUCUACUAAGCCUAAGGUGAAGAUCACAAGGGUUUCCAAAAGAGGAAACUUCUUUACUCUUUCUAAGCCAAGAUCACAUCUCUGGGCAAGCAUUUAUGAAAGCUUUAAGCAAGUGGUCCCAUGGAGACGCAAGCAACACACAAAAAAUGGGCCUCUAUCGACACCGUUUGAUCUUUAGACUUUUUAAUCGUGUCAAAU